GAGGCGCUGUCGGAUGUAUAUAGUGGUGACGGUGUACUGCUAUCUUCCUUUUCUUCCGUGGCCGCCAUUGAGAGAGGAGCGAGGUUCCUGGCGAGCCGUGAACUUUUUUCAGAAUGGCUUGUGCCCGACCGUUAAUCUCGGUGUACUCCGAGAAAGGUGAGACCUCAGGCAAAAACGUGGUUUUGCCUGCUGUGUUCAAGGCUCCCAUCCGCCCGGAUGUUGUGAACUUUGUGCAUACCAACAUGCGCAAGAACAAGCGUCAGCCCUACGCCGUCAGUGAACUGGCCGGUCACCAGACAAGUGCUGAGUCCUGGGGCACAGGCAGAGCUGUGGCCCGUAUCCCCAGAGUGCGUGGUGGCGGUACCCACCGCUCUGGUCAGGGUGCUUUUGGAAACAUGUGUCGUGGUGGCCGCAUGUUCGCCCCAACAAAGACCUGGCGCCGUUGGCACCGCAGGAUCAACGUCACCCAGAAGCGUUAUGCCAUCUGCUCUUCCCUUGCUGCUUCAGCCCUUCCUGCCCUGGUCAUGGCCAGAGGGCACCGCAUUGAGGAGAUUCCUGAGGUGCCACUUGUUGUUGAUGACAAAGUUGAGGGAUACAAGAAGACAAAAGAGGCAGUGCUUCUGCUGAAGAAGCUGAAGGCAUGGAAUGACAUCAAGAAGGUUUACGCCUCACAGCGCAUGCGUGCCGGCAAGGGUAAAAUGAGAAACCGCAGACGUAUUCAGCGCAAGGGCCCAUGCAUCAUCUACAAUGACGACAACGGUGUUACAAAAGCUUUCAGAAAUAUCCCAGGUGUUACACUGCAGCGAGUGAGCAAACUGGACCUCCUGAAACUUGCCCCUGGUGGUCACAUUGGCCGUUUCUGCAUCUGGACUGAGAGCGCUUUCCGCAAGCUGGAUGACCUCUAUGGCACCUGGCGCAAGCCUUCCACCCUCAAGGUGGAUUACAACCUGCCAAUGCACAAAAUGACCAACACAGAUCUGGGUAGACUCCUGCAGAGUGAGGAAAUCCAGAAAGCACUUCAUGCUCCCAACAAAAAGAUUAAGCGCAGAGUUCUCAAGAAGAACCCAUUGAAGAACUUGAGGGUUAUGAUGAAACUCAACCCUUACGCCAAGACAGCACGCCGUCGUGCCAUCUUGCAGCACAAACCCGAGAUCAAGGCUAAAAUGUUGAAGCCGAAGGUGAAGAGGGUUAGGAAGGCCAAGAAGCCAGCAGCAGCUGCUCCUACUCCUGCAACUGAGUAGAUCUGUGUUCAUACACUGCAGUCUGGCAAUGGUUUCAACCAAUAAACAUCUAAAGUGAACGCUCUUUCAA